AUGGUUGUCAUCAUUGUGCACGACCUGAACGGGCAGGUCCUUUUCAGGGAGGAUGUGUCCUUGCCCUUGCCCACUGCAGCAGAUCUCUUACAAAGGCUGAACUGCAGUAGCCUUGACCAGCUUCUGCUGGGGGGCCGCUCAAUCACAGGCGAGAUCCAGCCAAAAGAGGGAGAUGAAGAGGUCACACUUACGUUGGUUCGAGUUCGUUGCAACCUUCUUGAAGGUCUCGCAGAAGACCUGAUCGGAAGCCUCACCUGUGCCCAUGCUCUCGAGCUUCCCCCUGGCUACCUGAAGCAAGAGGACUGCCUCUCCCUUGUCAGGUCCGAGACCGUCCGCAACUCUGGAUGGUACUUUUGGGAGCACAAGGUCUUGUCGCAUGUGCUACUCCUCCAAGAUGGCACCAUCUUCACGAAGCAAAGCUCUAGUAUUGUGAACGCGAAGCGGGGGGAGCAGACUCAUUGUCACGCGAUUGUAGAAGGCCGGUUCGAGCCAGUUCUGACAACACCCGGUGUGGUCCUUGUGACCUGGACCGGUGCAGCGGAAAUCGAGGUUAAAGCGCCCUGGAGCCGACUUCACGAGAAAGCUUCAGAUUUUGGGAAAGCGACCUGGGAGUCCAGGAGUUGUUUGGAUGUUGUGCCGACAGCACUUCAGACGGAGACGGGUCACUUGGACCUGCAGCAGCUUUGCUACAAGUGGCCUCAGUCCCAGCAGGCCCACACCAGCCUUGUCAUGCCGACGGAGCAGUGGUUUGGUGGCCGUCCCUUCUUCCACGGCUUGGCCACGGCUCUCUCGGACCCCUGGUGGUGGGCAGACACUACCUAUCCAGCGGUCAUGGUGUACCCGCUUCCUGAUGAUUUGCGAAAUGCGCUGUCGCAGCUUGAGGUCUCCAGCGGCAGCUCGCUUACGGAAGCAGGCGUCACCGAUGCGCGGGGCAAGUUUUUUGUGGCGACAAUGGAGGAUGGUGAUGAUAACACUGAGCGCCUUCAUCCCGCGAUGAGCUUCGUGUCCAUCGGCAGCGCGGUGCAGAAGGCCUUGAUGAAAAAGGGCCUCCUCCCGGCAGAGCUAACUGCUGCACUGGGUGUUCCUCCUGACUGCGGUGCCGUGGCUCCAGCCGUGGUUCCCGAGCCAAGCCCCUACGGCAUGCCAAGGUUCGUCCGGGAUCGCUGGAAAAACGAUGUGCCGAAGGGGCGCUGGCUUAGCAGCUUCCUCCAGCAGGCCUUGUGGUAUCACUGCCACUCUUUAUCAUUGCUGCUCGUAUUUCCUGUUCAUUUCCCGCAUGUAGUAGCAGUAUUAAAUUAUCGCCUUAGCUAUUGUUGCUGCUGUUGUCGCUGA